AUGAGCAUCGAUUCCCUCCCCUUGGUGACAUUUUUCAAGAGUGCGUAUGCAGCGCAAGCUACGAGAAGGAAAAUAUUAGGGCGCCGGUUAGGAUUGCGAGCGUUUGUCGGUAAUGGCGGGAAGCUUCUCUCUCACUCGGAGUUCUCUGACUAUACUUUCUCCGGCCCGGUCAAUACAGUGCUAGUGGUUCUUCCGCCUGUUGGGUGCCUUAUCUGGGCACACAUAAUAAGGAGCAAGUAUAUAUUGUGCUUCCACGUCGUACUCCUCGUUACCUUCGCACAUUCUUCAACCCAGCUCCUCCGCCUUUUCGUAGCCCGGAUUUUCAAGCCUGUCCUGGAUACUUCUAAUCAGAGCACAGUCCGUCCUUCCACCGCGAUCCAGCACGAGGAGAUCUCUCGCAAACGUGCUCUUACUCUAUGGGCAUUAACUCCUUACCCUCGGAGGUACUCGGCGACAUUUUUCACGAGUGUGUACGCAACGAGACGUGGCCCCAAGAGGAAAGCAUCAGGACGCCGGUCAGGAUCUCGAGCGUUUGUCGGCGAUGGCGCGAAGCGAAACCAGAAAGGCAUGAUCGAGCUUCUCGAUGCAUUUCUUCACAGAUCAAACGGGGCGCCACUCAAUUUCUCGUUCAGUUGCAACCUCAAGAAUUACCCGUUUCCAGAGGAUAAUGAGCUGGCUGAGCGUGCUGUAUUGAUGUUGAUUUCUCAUCAGUGGCAUUGGGGGAAGGUCAAGUUUACCUGGCGAUUUCAGACAUCUCCCGGCUUCCCAGGCGUCAGGCUGACAAAUAUGCCCGAAUUAACAUCGCUGGACCUGUACGUCAAGCUCGAUGACGGCUUAUACAGAGGCAGCGGAAGCAUUGAUCUCUCGCGUUCUUCGAGACUUAAGUAUCUAUGCCUCGAUUGCCCGUUUACUCUAGGUAUUGGAGAUAAGCCAAUGCACUUGCCAGCGGCGGACACGUUUGAUCUCAAAUUGCGUGACUUUUGCUAUGGCCCGCUCACUGUACCACAAUGUCUGGAUGUUCUGGAGGCGGCUCCGAAUUUGAGGAAAUUCCGAGCUUUCUCCUGCAUAGAGGAUACAUCGUUAAACUGCAGCGAUCAUCCUAUCGUCUUGCAUAACCUCCGGAUCCUUGAAUUACGCAAUGGAUAUGCUCCACUCGUAAUCAAUAAACUGGAUCUUCCUGCUUUGACAGCAUUGAUGUGCGGAGAUAACGGUUUCAUUAAUUCAAGCGAAUAUAUCCUAUCAUUUAUGAAACGCUCCCUGCCACCGUUGACCCGUCUGGAGCUUGGUGGUAACUAUGCGAAUGAAGCCACAGUUGCACAAAUUCUUCCGCUUCUGCCCUUACUUCAACUACUCGAUUUGGACCCUUGUACUAUCUCAGCACAACUUUUUCGACUUCUUUCUGUGCCAGGUAGGAUUGGCGGAGGCAACUGCGGUUGUGAUACGCGGAACCAAAUUGUAUGUCCCGAUCUAAGAUGGUUUUGUUUCUGGAGGUAUUCCAUCGUUGGAGAACCGCGCGAAUGUGCCGAUACAUUUUGUGCAAUGCUAGAAUCGCGCUGGGACGCUUUAAAACUGUGGGAUGAUCUGGCCAAAAUAGGUAAAAUUCAGUACCCAAUAUCCGCAGCUGAUCGCGAAAGGGUGCAACAUCACUUCCGAGACAUGCAGAACUUCGGUGCCAGAUCUAUUUUCUUUUUGGAGGAAGUUGAAGAUAAUUCGCUUCAUGUAGCUAUGAAAGCGCAACCGAUCGUCUUUGGGUGA